AGCAAAAUGACGGACGUGGAGGAAAACGUGCCCCUGAAGGACCCUGGCGAUGCAGAGAGCGGGCCCUGUAAGCCGGAAACCUCAGGACCGACCCGGGAAGACAAGAGCAGCUCCAAGGACCCAUCAUAUGUUCUUUCUGUCACAGGUCUGAUAGAUACAGUUAAUGAUGUUUCCAAGCUGAGCAGCAAGAUUGGGAUGAAUCAUGAUUUCCACAUGGAGGAGAAGGUUUUGCCUCCCAGCAGUCUGGAAGGCAGGGUCAAGGAGACAAUGCACAAUGCCUUUUGGGAUCAUCUGAAAGAGCAACUAUUAGCUACUCCCCCAGAUUUCAGCUGUGCUCUUGAACUUCUAAAAGAAAUUAAAGAGAUCUUGCUGUCACUGCUAUUACCACGCCAGAACCGCCUAAGAAGUGAGAUUGAAGAAGCCCUGGACAUGGACCUUCUUAAGCAGGAAGCAGAAAACGGGGCCCUGAAUGUCCCUCAUCUCUCCAAGUACAUUCUCAACAUGAUGACUCUGCUGUGUGCACCAGUUCGAGAUGAAGCAGUGCAGAAACUAGAGAACAUCACAGAUCCUGUUCGGUUACUGAGAGGGAUCUUCCAGGUUCUAGGCCUGAUGAAAAUGGACAUGGUGAACUACACUAUCCAGAGCCUUCAGCCCCAACUGCAGGAACAUUCCAUCCAGUAUGAACGAGCUAAAUUUCAGGAACUCCUCAACAAGCAGCCUAGCCUCCUCGCUCACACCACCAGGUGGCUGACCCGGGCGGCGGCAGACCUUUCCACACCGCUGCCCAGCUGCCCUGACGCUCCCGACGCCCCCAGCACCACCUGCCCCUCUCCAAGUGAGGCAGCCAGCGGCCCAGAGCCCCCCAGCCCCACGAUGGUGCUGUCCCAGGGCUUCCUGAACCUCCUCCUCUGGGACCCUGAAGAUGAAGCGUUCCCUGAGACCCUGCUGAUGGACAGAGCCUGGCUGCAGGAGUUGGAGGCCCAGCUGUGCCAGUUAACUGUCCUGGCCUCGGUCUUGGUAGUGGCCAGCAGCUUCUCUGGCAGCAUUCUGUUUGGCUCGCCUCCGUUUGUGGAUAAGCUGAAACGCAUAACCAAAGCCCUGAUGGAGGAGUUUAAGUCCAGGCCUGAGGAGGAGGCUAUGCUGACUGUGAGUGAGCAGGUGUCUCAGGAGAUCCACCAGAGCCUCAAGAACAUGGGCCUUGCUGCCCUGAGCAGCGACAACACAGCGUCUCUGAUAGGACAGCUCCAGAACAUCGCCAAGAAGGAGAACUGUGUCCGCAGCGUCAUUGAUCAGCGGAUCCACUUGUUCCUCAAAUGCUGUUUGGUUCUUGGUGUGCAGCGGUCUCUACUAGACCUACCUGGAGGCCUUACCCUCAUUGAGGCAGAGCUGGCAGAACUGGGCCAAAAGUUCAUCAACCUAACACAUCACAAUCAGCAGGUGUUUGGCCCCUACUACACGGAGAUCUUAAAAACCCUCAUCCCCCCGGCCCAGGCACUGGAGACAGAAGUGGGGUCCCUCUGAUGGCACUGGCUCCAAGUGCUGGUAUCUUGGACCCAGGAGAGAAGCCCUUCAUUCUCUUGGGGCGGCAUCACCAGUGACCAGCAGAGCAGCACGCCGUCUCUCCUUCUGCAGCCAGCACACCAUGUUGCAGUGAGCAAGCGUGUAGACACCAGCUGGCCCAAACUCGUUCACUAAUAAACUUCUGAGCUGCAA